UGUAUGUUCCCUCUAACUCCUUAUCCUCCAAAGGGAAAAGUAUCUAUCCAUCAAAACCAAACACUGUCUUCUAUUUUAUCAGUAACAGAAACUGAACGCAUGCAAGUUACUUCAAUCAUGGCAACACCGUCGCCAACUCCAAUCUCUGCAAUAUCUUUCACUAACCAAACUUUUCCCAAAAGGGUCUCUUCACCUUCUUCUUCUAUGUUAUAUCUCAAAGCCAUGUCCAAAGAUAUUUACUUUAACCAUGAUGGUUCUGCUACGAAGAAACUUCUGGCAGGGGUAGGUAUGGUGGCAGAGUUAGUUGGAGUAACUUUAGGUCCUAAAGGAAGGAAUGUGGUGUUAGAAAAUAAGUAUGGACCUCCUAAGAUUGUUAAUGACGGAGAAACUGUUCUCAAGCAGAUUGAGUUGGAGGAUCCUUUGGAGAAUGUUGGAGUGAAACUGGUGAGACAAGCUGGCGCAAAAACAAACGACCUUGCUGGAGAUGGUUCCACAACGUCUGUAGUUCUGGCUCAUGGUUUAAUAGCUGAGGGUGUGAAGGUGAUUGCAGCUGGCAUGAAUCCUGUCCAAGUUGCUCGUGGGAUCGAGAGAACCUCAAAAGCCCUUGUUUCUGAACUCAAAUUGAUGUCUAGAGAGGUUGAGGAUGAUGAGAUUGAGGCUGUUGCUGCAGUUAGUGCUGGGAAUGAUUAUGCUGUGGGAAAAAUGAUAUCUGAUGCUCUUCGGGAAGUGGGAAAGAGAGGUGUAGUCACAAUUGAAAAAGGAGAGUAUAUUGACAACAAUCUACAAAUUGUAAAAGGGAUGCAAUUUGAUCGUGGAUAUUUGUCUCCUUACUUCGUUACUGAUCGACGGAAAAUGACAGUAGAGUUCCACAAUUGCAAGUUACUUCUGGUGGACAAAAAAAUAACAAAUCCAAAGGAGAUGUUUAAAAUAUUGGACAAUGCGGUUAAAGAGAAGUACCCCAUUGUGGUAGUUGCGGAGGGCAUUGAGCAGGAAGCUUUGGCUCCAGUUAUUAGGAACAAACUCAGGGGUGCACUGAAGGCAGCUGCUAUAAAGGCUCCUGCCUUUGGUGAGCGCAAGGGCCACUAUUUAGAUGACAUUGCUAUCUUGACAGGAGCCACUGUAAUCAGAGAUGAGAUGGGGCUGACUCUGGAAAAGGUUGGCAAGGAGGUUUUAGGCUCUGCCACCAAAGUUGUGAUAACAAAGGAUUCUACACUUAUAGUUACUGACGGGAGCACUCAAGCAGCUGUUCAGAAGAGGGUUUCUCAGAUCCGCGGUCUUGCUGAGAAUACUGAAGAAAAUUUUCAAAAGAAAAUACUGAAUGAAAGGAUAGCAAGAUUAUCUGGAGGAAUUGCCAUUCUGCAGGUAGGAGCACAAACGCAAGUUGAGUUAAAGGAUAAACAACUGCGGAUUGAAGAUGCUUUAAAUGCAACAAAGGCAGCAAUUGAGGAAGGCGUGGUAAUUGGUGGUGGGUGUAGCCUUCUGAGGCUAUCCACUAAAGUUGAUGCUAUUAAAGAACUUUUGGACAACGAAGAACAAAAGAUUGGAGCUGAGAUCUUCAAACGGGCUUUGAGUUAUCCUACGAGACUGAUAGCCAAGAAUGCAGGAGUAAAUGGCAACAUUGUCAUAAACCAGAUUCUAUCAAAUGAUGAUCCAAGAUAUGGAUAUAAUGCUGCAAGAGACAGAUAUGAGGAUUUGAUAAGUGCAGGAAUUAUAGAUCCAACAAAGGUAGUUAGAUGCUGUUUGGAGAAUGCUGCAUCAGUAGCGAAAACAUUUAUUACUUCUGAUGCAGUUGUAGUCGAAAUUAAGGUACCACAACCACUACCAAUAAGAAAACCAAUGCCAAAGAAACCAAGUAUUGCACCAAUGGGCUUGCAGUUGGGGCGACAGACUUUGUAAAAAUGCCUCAGUUAGCUUUUCUUUCAGCUUCACGUCAAGGGAAUAAGCAGCAACCCAUGCAAGUGACACAACAAGCUUUCAGUGGUGCUGAUAAACUCGCCGGUAGCUGUACAAGAUCCGAUCUGAGUCCAGGGAAUUUGUGGUUUACUCUGAACAAAAGCAAAGCAUUUACUCUUCCAUUUGGCAUUGCAGAAAGAAGGGUAAUGCGCCAGGAUAAGGUGGUUGCACAAUAAGAAAGAAUCAUUGAUAAUAAUUAUACAACUAGCUUGUGACAGAGUAAAUAUUCCAAGGAAAUGUUAAAUUCUAAAAAUUACUAGUAUUAUAUGUAUCAUAAAUUUGCUCUAUCUGUUUACUAUAAUGCUGUAGAAAGGCUUGUGUAUAUGUACCAUCUGAGGAAGUUCUCUUUCUGGCAAAUCAACAAUGUUAUUUCCUUAGAUGUUACCUAUAAGAAAGUUGGUUUUUGUUUC